GCUUCAUCCCCUCACUACUACUUUGCUUGUGCGAUAAGCUCUCACUCAAAUCCCAAUGCUAUUUUUCUUGUUUUCUUGCUUCUCCAUCGCCUUCCUCUCCAGCUCAUUUCUCCACCCAUUCCCUUCUUGGGAGCGCGAGAUGGGAUUUAGGUUCUGGGAGGAGUUUUCGAGGUUCUUGCUUUCAUGGUUCCGGAAAAACAAGAACUUUCUCGAUGGGUUCUUCCAUUUCUCGCGAAUCUUGGCUCCGGCGAGGAAGAUUGCCGGAAAUGUGGAGACUGAGGAGACUGAGGAGGGGACGGGUUUGAUGGAUUUGCCUGACUUGGCUGUGGAGUCCAUUCUUGAGAGGCUUUCGGCGGCGGAGCUGAGAAUCAUGGCGGGGGUUUGUGGGUCUCUGAGGGAGAAGUGUGUGGCGGAUUGGCUGUGGGAGAGGCAUCUGAGGGAGAGGUGGGGGAGGUUGAUUGGCAAUGGUGUGUAUGCGGAGUGGAAGCGGCAUGUGGGUUCUAGGAAGAAGAAGAAGAAGGGUGGGUUGUUGGAUUCUCUCACUCAAAUCCCAAUGCUAUUUUUCUUGUUUUCUUGCUUCUCCAUCGCCUUCCUCUCCAGCUCAUUUCUCCACCCAUUCCCUUCUUGGGAGCGCGAGAUGGGAUUUAGGUUCUGGGAGGAGUUUUCGAGGUUCUUGCUUUCAUGGUUCCGGAAAAACAAGAACUUUCUCGAUGGGUUCUUCCAUUUCUCGCGAAUCUUGGCUCCGGCGAGGAAGAUUGCCGGAAAUGUGGAGACUGAGGAGACUGAGGAGGGGACGGGUUUGAUGGAUUUGCCUGACUUGGCUGUGGAGUCCAUUCUUGAGAGGCUUUCGGCGGCGGAGCUGAGAAUCAUGGCGGGGGUUUGUGGGUCUCUGAGGGAGAAGUGUGUGGCGGAUUGGCUGUGGGAGAGGCAUCUGAGGGAGAGGUGGGGGAGGUUGAUUGGCAAUGGUGUGUAUGCGGAGUGGAAGCGGCAUGUGGGUUCUAGGAAGAAGAAGAAGAAGGGUGGGUUGUUGGAUUGUGAAAGGCAGGGGGAUUUUGUGGGGUUUUUUGCGAGGUUUAGGGGGUUUGUGUUUAAUGGGAGAUCGGAAGUGGGGAAUGGGGUGAAGGGUUUUUUGCCACAGGACUCAGCCAUGGCUUUGUAUUUCUCUCUUGAAACUGGCAGCUUCUCUUUCCCAGCUCAGGUUUAUAACCGUGAGAAUGGGAAUGUUGGGUUUAUGUUGUCUUGUUAUGAUGCUGAAGUGAGCUAUGAUUCCAGCUCUGACCUCUUCUGGGCAAGGUAUCCAGCAUACGGAAGGCGUUCAGUAGAGGAAAACAUAGUGUUCGAUAGGCUAAGGGCACCUCCCGUUGGUACUUCUGCUUAUGUACUGCAUAAAUCGGAUUGUUUAAAUGAUUUAAAACCUAAUGAUCACAUCGAGAUUCAGUGGAGAAGAAGCAAGGAAUUCCCUUAUGGUUGGUGGUAUGGAGUUGUUGGACACUCGGGAUCAUGCAAUGGCAGCAAAUUGCACUGUGAUUGCCAUAAAAGCGAUACUGUGAAGUUAGAGUUCAAGCAGUAUUCCCCAGACUCGGAAUGGAGAGAGACGACUAUAAACCGAAGAGGGCAUAAAGAAGUAGGCAAUGAAGCAGAUGGCUAUUAUGGUGGGAUCAGAAAGCUUUACAGUGAGGAUGAGAUCUCUGAGUGGAGAAGAUUUUGGCCAAGCUGCACCCUGGAUUAACCACGAUUUACUCGCCCCAUCAUCGGGCCUUUUCUAACUGUGAAUAGUAUAUAUAAACAGCUCCACAAAAGAAUCACCAGGCCUUUCUGUAGGCCUCAGUUUUAUGCAGAAGAGGCCUAGCUAGAGGUUAGUGUCCUGCAGUCUGUAAGGCAAUGUAAAUUUCCAAUGAUUAAAUGAGAAAAAAUUUCCAGUUGUUUAUACAAGUGAAA